AGGGCUUCAUUCAUAAGUCUGAGAGCUACGGCCACCGUGGGGACACGCGGAACCGGGACUGGGGACUUGAGUGUUGUGGUUCUUCUUCUUGGGAGCUGUGAUAUCCGGUUUAUUAUUUUUUUUUCCGAAGAGAAAGUUUUUGGACGAAUUCUUCUAGAUAAUUCUUCAUUUUGUUUUGGAGGAGCGAAUUACUUUUUCGUCUUCUUCAUUGUCCCCCCUCCCCCGUGGGACCUGGCCGACGCGUGGAGGAGACCGCACCCGAAGCGGAUUCUGUAAACCGGGACAGCACUUUCCGCCGCUGGGGGAGCGGCCCCCCACGCCCCUGGGUCCUCCAGAGCCUGAACUUUCGGGAGUCACAGAGGCAUCCUGUGGGGCCUGGGCACAGCGGAGAAGCUGCACAGAAACUUUGCCUUUGUUGGAGCGGGACGCUGCCCCUUCCCAAGCUUCUCCGCACAGCGCACUUUGGAGACGCGCUCGGCUCACCUCGGACUCGCACCUUUCUUCCCCACCCGGCUAUAGCCUUGGCUUCCCGGCGACCCCAGCGUGGUCACAGGGCCCCCCCUGUGCCCAGGGAAAUGUUCCAGGCUUUCCCCGGAGACUACGACUCCGGCUCCCGGUGCAGCUCCUCGCCCUCCGCCGAGUCUCAGUAUCUGUCUUCGGUGGAUUCCUUUGGCAGUCCACCCACCGCCGCCGCCUCCCAGGAGUGCGCCGGUCUCGGGGAAAUGCCCGGUUCCUUCGUGCCCACGGUCACCGCGAUCACAACCAGCCAGGACCUCCAGUGGCUCGUGCAACCCACCCUCAUCUCUUCCAUGGCCCAGUCCCAGGGGCAGCCACUGGCCUCCCAGCCCCCAGCCAUCGACCCCUAUGAUAUGCCGGGAACCAGCUACUCCACACCAGGCAUGAGUGGCUACAGCAGUGGCGGAGCUAGUGGCAGUGGUGGGCCUUCCACCAGCGGAACCACCAGCCGACCUGGGCCUUCCCGCCCAGCCCGAGCCCGGCCCAGGAGACCCCCAGAGGAGACGCUCACACCUGAGGAAGAGGAGAAGCGAAGGGUUCGUCGGGAACGGAACAAGCUGGCAGCAGCCAAAUGUCGGAACCGUCGACGGGAGCUGACUGACCGACUGCAGGCGGAGACAGAUCAGCUGGAGGAAGAAAAGGCCGAGCUGGAGUCGGAGAUCGCUGAGCUCCAAAAGGAGAAGGAGCGUCUGGAGUUUGUGCUGGUGGCCCACAAACCGGGCUGCAAGAUCCCUUUCGAAGAGGGGCCCGGGCCCGGCCCUCUGGCGGAGGUGAGAGAUUUGCCGGGGUCAGCCUCCGCUAAGGAAGAUGGUUUCGGCUGGCUGCUGCCGCCCCCGCCACCACCGCCCCUGCCCUUCCAGACCAGCCAAGACGCACCCCCCAACCUGACAGCUUCUCUCUUUACACACAGUGAAGUUCAAGUCCUCGGCGACCCUUUCCCCGUUGUUAACCCUUCGUACACUUCCUCGUUUGUCCUCACCUGCCCGGAAGUCUCCGCGCUCGCCGGCGCCCAACGCACCAGCGGCAGUGACCAGCCUUCCGACCCUCUGAACUCGCCCUCCCUUCUUGCUCUGUGAACUCUUUAGACACACAAAACAAACAAACACACAAGGGAGAGAGAUUUGGAAGAGGAGAAGGAGGAGAGAGAGGGGAAGAGACAAGUGGGUGUGUGGCCUCCCUGACUCUCCUGUCUGACCCUCUGCCGCCACUGCCAUCGGCCAGGACCUCCUUGUGUUUUGUGCCGCCUCUUGUUUCUGUGUCCUGGCGAGCCCGGAGAGCUGGUGACUUUGGGGGCAGGGGGUGGGGAGGGGAAAGACAUCCCCGGCCAUAUGUUGGUUCUCUCACCUCAACUCAACCUCUGAGGAUGGGUGAGUGGGGGGUGAUGCCGCCAUUGGGGCGAGCUGCGUGGGGCUGGAGGGGAAGGGGUACGGCGGUGGGCGGUGGGGUGGGCUGGAGUCUACUCCAGAGAAGCCCAACAAGGAAAAUGCCACCCUCCUUGCCAUCUCUCACAGCCCCCCUUCAUGGGGGUGUCCAGGCUGGCACCUUAGCUCCCCGACCUUGGCUUAUUUAUCUACCAUUUCCACGUGGCUAGACCUUCCUUUGUAUUGAGUGGCAUAAUUGAGCCCCCCCUUGGAGGGACGUUGAUGUUCCCUCUGAAAAUCCCCCCACCCCAAACUUAUUCUGAAAUGUGAACCGCCCUCGCUGGUUGUGCAGCCGCCCCGUCCCCACAAAACUGGCUCUGAUCUGAAUUUAUCACCUCCUAAGGAGUCCCACAAACUCAGCCCCUAGCCCUCCUUUUUGAUUACAGUAUUAUUCCAAGCCUCCUGCCCCUCAACGUUCCAGCCCUCCGUCCUGGCCUUCCUUGUUGGGCCUUUCUGAUUUCAGGCAGCAGGGGGCGCUGUGAUGCCUGCCUUGCUGGAGUGUUUUAUACUGUGAACUGAGUUGGUCAACUUGUAGGGCGGAGCCGGGGUGGGACAGAGCCCUUUCAGAGGGACUGUGGCCCCCGGCUCCCCAAAGCUUCUUCUUGGUCUCCCUUCAACCAUCUGCCUCCUUUCCCCUACAACAGUUGAGUUCGAUUCAACGGGGUGACAGAAUUGAGAGGGGGUGACAGUUAUCCGUGUGGCCUGUCUCUCCUCAGGACCCCUAGCCCCAAGCCCUGACCUUUUUCUUUAAGGCGCCUCAUACUCCCCCAGCCUAGGACGCCAACUUCUCUCUCCCCUUCGCACCCCCAAAUCCUCUCUGGAAAGGGGACAAGUGGAGGUUGCAAGGAGGCUUGAUAUUUUUCUGGAGAAGAUUUAAGGGCUGAGGCUUUGGCCCCUACCCCCACUCCCCUAUAUUUUUGGACUGACAGACUCAAAGGGGCUGGGCUCCCACCAUCCCAGUUUCCCCUCCCCCAACUCCCUCAAUCCCCAAAUCUUGGUUUUGGCUCUCCCACCUCGCCUCCCCUUGUGCUUCACCUCAUGAGAAUUUGAUCAUGAGGCAAAUUUAUAUUUUUUAAUAUGAGGGGUGGGCAUGCCCUCCCCUGAGCUGCAUGGAAGACAUUCCACAUGUCCGCUCCCGCGUCCCCUGCCCAUAACCCCAGACCCCUCCCAUAGCUAUUUAUCCUUUUCUUGGUUACCGAAAAGCACUUAUAUCUAUUAUGUAUAAAUAAAAUAUAUUAUAUAUGGGUGUGUGUGUGGGUGUGUGUGUGAGUAUGUGGACGCUUCUGCAAAACCUCAGCCUAGGUCACGUUGGCUCUUAGGAGCAUGUUGUCCAAUUGGAAAUACAGCUUCUGGAACUUGGAAUCAGCCUGUCUCUCUGGGAGUCAUGUCUUUUCUCUGGCUAUCUCUGUCAUUGUUAGUUGCCCUCGAGUUGAUUCCAACUCAUGGCGACCCCAUUCGUGCAGAGUAGAACUGCACUCCGUUGGGUUUUCAAGGCUGUGAUCUUUCAGAAGUAAAUUGCCAGACCUUUCUUCCGAGGAGCCUCUGGGUGGGUUUGAACUGCCAACCUUUUGGCUAAUAGUUGAGCACUUAACCAUUUGCACCACCCAGCUAGACUGUCUCUAGCUAUUCUCAUUCUGAUGGUCUGUCUCAACUCCUCUGGUUGUUUCUGACAGUCUGCCUGUCUCCUUUCUGAGUGUGUCUCCCUCCGUCUUUUCUCUGCCUGUUUUUCUCUGGCCAUUUCUGCGUGCCUCCUUUCUGACUGCCCCUGACCCUCCAGGUAUCUUCUGACUCUGGGCCUGUUGGGGAAAUGAGAUUUUAUUUUUGUGAGCAAGCCUGAGGCAUCAUAGAUUUUGGCCAUCUGUAUUCGUGAGGAAUCUGGGUGCGAGAGUGAGACUGUGAGCGGGGCCUGCCCCUGCUGACCACAAUGCGUGGCCUCCCCAAAUCCUCCCCCCAUACUGUAUUUGUGAUUCUAUUUUUGUAUUUUGCACCUGACCCUGGAGCCAGGGCAGGCUGGCUCUGGGCUGCUCCCCUCUCCUCAAGGUUCUGCACUGUCGCCAUGUUCCAACCCUCCAAUAAAAAGUGCUUAAAACGCACCCACCAAGCAUCAGUGUCUCUUUCCUCCUGACGCCCAUGACCUAUCUUCCUUUCAGCAUGAAGGAAUGAGGUUAGACUGCUAGGGGGACUAUACGCAGGCAUGUACACUCUCUGGAACUCUGACUAGUGAAGCAGCUACAGCAGGAUGGAGGAAGGCUAGACUGUAAGGAGGACUUCCCAUACACACACAGGUUGUGCCUCCUACUAGAAAAAGUAACCCAAAAAAACAAAAAAAAACAAACCCAUUGCUGUUGAGUCGAUUCCAACUCAUAGUGACCCUAUAAGACAGAGUAGAACUGCCCCAUAGAGUUUCCAAGGAGCACCUGGUGGAUUCGGACUGCUGACCUUUUGGUUAGCAGCCAUAGCUUGAGGCAGAAAAUUAGCUGUGAGUUAUGGAUGUGUUGGGAAUCCCUGGGUGGGGCUAAUGGUUAAGCGCUAGACUACUAGCCAAAAGGUUGGCUGUUCAAGUCCACCUAGAGGUGCCUCAGAAGACAAGCCUCAUGAUCUACUUUGAAAAAAUCAGUCAGGAAAACCCUAGAGAAUGCAGUUCUACUCUGACACAAAUGGUGUUGCCAUGAGUUGGAAUUGACUAGACAGCAACAGACAACAUGGAUGUGUUGAAGCGUUGAGGAAUUUUGAGGGAAUACCUUGAGCAACAGUAUGGGGGCUCGUGAAAGGCAGGUUUAAGGUAAAGAGUGGGGAGUCCCCUCAGGUCCUCAGGUAGGAAAAGGAUCUUCAGACUUUGACCCACCCUAAAGAUAGCAAGGAAACCCCGGUGGUAUAGUGGUUCAGUGCGAUGUCUGGUAAACAAAAGGUCAGCAGUUUGAAUCCACCAGCUGCUCCGUGGAAACUCAAUGGGGGCAGGUCUGCUCUGAUCUAUAGGGUCGGUAUGAGUCGGAAUUGCUAUGAGUUGGAAUCCACUCGAUGGCAACGGGUUUAAAGAUAGCAAAGUGAGUUAUCCUGCCCACCUACCACUUAGGAUGACUUGAAUGUUUGGCUGCUGGUCAGCAGGGCUCUAUGAAAUACAAGAGCUGGAAUCCCGUCACGCCGAAGAUAGAUUUCCUUUCUCUUUUCAUGCGGCCACUUCUGGGUUACGACCAUACUGGGGCAGGUCCAAGGCUAACUCUAAACCAAAGAUAUUACCAUUUUGUCUGUCCAUAAGUAUGGCUGAGCCACCCCCAUUGCAAAAUCCCAGUUCUCCCUUAUUUGUGUGCCAGCAAGCACUCUGUAAACGGAAGUGUGGGUUCAAAGGUCACUCAGACACCUUCAAAAACGAAUAAGCAGGAGAAGUUGUCAUGGUGGAAUCAAUUCAUUCAUUCCUUAAUUCAACAAAAUUUGCUAAGUUCCUGCUGUAUGCUCAGCUCUGUGCUGGGCAGUGUUGGGGACAUUACUGGGACCAGGAAAGGCCCAGGCAGUGCCCUCCUAGGGCUCACAGUCCAAUGGAGGACGCAGACCCAUCCCCAGUCAGGGAUGACCCAAAGUGGUCAGGGCUGUGUUGGGGCAGCCCAUGGGGUGGAGGGGGGAGUUCAGCAGGGGACACACCUGACCUGGUCUAGGAGCCAAGGGAGGCUUCCUGGAGGAAAGGGCAGCUGAACUUAGUCCUAGAGGAUGAAUAGAGUAUAAAGGGAUAAAAAAAGAAUGUGAAGACAGUCCAAGGCAAAGGAAACAGCAAAGAUAUGUUGGUGGGGACAGGGUUUGGUAUAUUGAGGGGGCUGGAAGUUCACAGUGUCUGGAGCAAAAGGUGUGGAGAGAGAGUAAGCCGGGACCAGAUUGUGCAAGCACUUGAACUCCAGGCUAUGGAGUUUGGGUCUUGUCUUGAGGGCACUGGGGAGCCAUAGCAGAUUCUGAGCAGGAAAGGGGCAGGGACAGGUUUGUGCUUCAGGAAGUGCCCUCCAGCGGCAGGGCUGAAGGUGACUGGGAGGGAAAGACUGGGGCAGGAGAAGGGGGAGAAGGCUGGGGUAGGGAUUCUGGGGUGUGAAGAGACAUCUAAACAAGAGCUGGAGUUAUGGGGAUGAAGAGGAAGGGAAAGAGUCAACCAACCUUCAGUCCGGAAUAUGUAAAGAACUACUACAGCUCAACAACAAAAAGACAAGCAACCUUGUUAUAAAAUGGGCAAAGGACAUGAAUAAAUAUUUAUUCAAGGACGAUAUGCAUAUAGUCAAUAAAAUCAAAACAAACCUGUUGCCAUCAAGUCGAUUCCAACUCACAGCGACCCUAUAGGACAGAGAAGAACUGUCCCAUGGUUUCCAAGAAGAGACUGGUGGAUUCAAACUGCCAACCUUUUGGUUAGCAGCUGAAGAACUAACCAAUACACCACCAGGGCUCCAAACAGCCAAUUAGCACAUGAAAAGAUGCUCAACAUUUUUCAAAAACCUGGUGCCAUAGAGUCGAUUCCGACUCUUAGUGACCCUACAGGACAGAGUAGAACUGCCUCAUAGAGUUUCCAAGGAGCACCUGGUGGAUUCGAACCAUCCACCUUUUGGUUAGCGGCCACAGCUCUUAACCACUACACCACCAGGGUUUCCUCAUCAUUAUUAGUCAUUAGGAAAGUACAAAUCAAAACCACAAUGAGAUACCGCUUAACACCCACUAAGAUGGCUAUUAUAAAACUAAAAAAAAAAAAGGAAAAUAACAAGUGUUAUUGAGGGUGUGGAGAAACUGGAACCCUGACACAUUGCUGGUGGGAAUGUAAGAUGGAGCAGCUGCUGUGGAAAACAGUUUGGUGGUUCCUCAAAAAGGUUACACAUAAAAUUACCACAUGACCCAGCAAUUCCACCCCUGGGUAUAUACCCAAAAGACUGGAAAGCAGGGACACAAACAGAUACAAGCACACCGGUGUUUAUUGCAGCACUACUCACAAUAGCCAAAAGGUGGAAACAAGCCAAGUGUCCAAUGGAUGAGCGAAUGAACGAAAUGAUGUCGAUCCAUACAGUGGAAUAUUAUUCAACCAUAGAAGGGAUGAAGGUCUGAUACAUGCUUUGACGUGGGUAACCUAGAAAACAUUGCGCAGAUUGACACAGGCCAGACGCAAAAGGACAAAUAUCGUAUCAAAUAUUGAGAUAUCUAGAAUAGGCAUUUACAGAGACUGAGUCCCGGUGGCACAGUGGUUAGGUAUCCAGCUGCUCACCAAAAGGUUGGCAGUUUGAAUCCACCAGCUGCUCCUUGCAAACCCUACGAGGCGGUUUCUACUCUGUCCUGUAGGAUCACUAUGAGUCGGAA